AUGGGUCUGGUUGGGGAAGGCUGGCAGCCCGCGCUCAGCGUGCUGGCCCUGGGGAAGGACCUGGUCCCUGGUGGCUUGGUGACCCUCUGGCAGUGUGGUCUCGUGAAGCUGGGAAUUCACUGUGUCACGUGCCAAAAGGUCGCCAUCAAAAUCGUCAACCGGGAGAAGCUCAGCGAGUCCGUUCUGAUGAAGGUGGAGCGGGAGAUCGCCAUCCUGAAGCUGAUCGAGCACCCGCAUGUCCUCAAGCUGCACGAUGUCUAUGAAAACAAAAAAUAUUUAUACCUGGUUCUAGAACACGUGUCUGGGGGGGAGCUCUUCGACUACCUGGUGAAGAAGGGGAGGCUGACCCCCAAAGAGGCUCGCAAGUUCUUCCGGCAGAUCAUCUCUGCGCUGGACUUCUGCCACAGCCACUCCAUAUGUCACAGAGACCUGAAACCAGAAAACCUUCUCCUGGAUGAGAAGAACAACAUCCGCAUCGCCGACUUCGGCAUGGCGUCGCUGCAGGUUGGCGACAGCCUGCUGGAGACCAGCUGCGGGUCCCCCCACUACGCCUGCCCCGAGGUGAUCCGGGGCGAGAAGUACGAUGGCCGGAAAGCAGACGUGUGGAGCUGCGGUGUGAUCCUGUUCGCCCUGCUCGUGGGGGCAUUGCCCUUUGAUGACGACAACUUGCGGCAGUUGCUGGAGAAGGUGAAACGAGGCGUCUUCCACAUGCCCCACUUCAUCCCGCCCGACUGCCAGAGCCUGCUCCGGGGCAUGAUCGAGGUGGAUGCCGCUCGGCGCCUCACGCUAGAGCACAUUCAGAAACACAUAUGGUAUAUAGGGGGCAAGAACGAGCCGGAGCCAGAGCAGCCCGUCCCCCGAAAGGUACAGAUCCGCUCGCUGCCCAGCCUGGAGGAUCUGGACCCGGACGUACUGGACAGUAUGCACUCGCUGGGCUGCUUCAGGGACCGCAACAAGCUACUGCAGGACCUGCUGUCGGAGGAGGAGAACCAGGAGAAAAUGAUCUACUUCCUCCUGUUGGACCGGAAGGAGCGGUACCCAAGCCAUGAGGAUGAGGACCUGCCCCCCAGGAAUGAGAUAGACCCCCCCAGGAAGCGCGUGGACUCGCCCAUGCUGAACAGGCACGGCAAGCGGCGGCCAGAGCGAAAGUCUAUGGAAGUGCUCAGCGUGACCGACGGUGGCUCCCCCGUGCCCGCCAGAAGGGCCAUCGAGAUGGCCCAGCACGGCCAGAGUAAGGCAGUGUUCAGUAAAAGCCUGGAUAUCGCUGAGGCCCACCCCCAACUCAGCACAGAAGACAGGUCGCGGUCCAUCAGCGGUGCGUCCUCAGGCCUCUCCACAAGUCCGCUCAGCAGUCCCAGGGUGACCCCUCACCCCUCUCCGAGGGGCAGUCCCCUCCCCACUCCCAAGGGGACGCCAGUCCACACGCCAAAGGAGAGCCCGGCGGGCACGCCCACCCCCACUCCGCCGUCCAGCCCCAGCGUCGGGGGCGUGCCCUGGAGGACGCGGCUGAACUCCAUCAAGAACAGUUUCCUGGGCUCGCCCCGCUUCCACCGCCGGAAAUUGCAAGUCCCUACCCCAGAGGAGAUGUCCAACCUGACCCCGGAGUCUUCCCCAGAGCUGGCUAAGAAGUCGUGGUUCGGGAACUUCAUCAACCUGGAGAAGGAGGAGCAGAUCUUUGUGGUCAUCAGGGACAAGCCGCUGAGCUCCAUCAAGGCUGACAUUGUCCACGCCUUCCUCUCGAUCCCCAGCCUCAGCCACAGCGUCAUCUCCCAGACGAGCUUCCGGGCUGAAUACAAGUCGACAGGGGGCCCGGCCGUGUUCCAGAAGCCGGUCAAGUUUCAGGUGGACGUGACCUACACAGAGGGCGGCGAGGCGCAGAAAGAGAACGGCAUCUACUCCGUCACCUUCACACUCUUGUCCGGCCCCAGCCGGCGGUUCAAGCGGGUGGUGGAGACCAUCCAGGCCCAGCUGCUCAGCACGCACGACCAGCCCUCUGCCCAGCAGUUGUCAGAGACGCCCCCGCCAGCGCCAGGACUGAGCUGGGGCGCUGUGCUUAAGGGCCAGAAGGUGGCCACCAGCUACGAGAGUAGCCUCUGACGCUGGCAGACACCACCCACUGUAUGGAAAUGCUGACGGGGAGGUUUUCCAAGUGUGGUAAGACACCCC